CCGGAUGUGCAGAGGGCAGCAGAGUUUGGCUGCUGUGCUCGGCGGCGUUAGCUCCGUGCGCUUUUAGUGCGUCUAUGUGCGCUUUACUGGAGCCCUGAAGCGGACAGAGCGCACUGAAACAUGGCACAAGUGAAGCUGAAGGAGGAGCCGGAGCUGUGGGAGCCGAACGACGUGGACAACAGUGUGGCCGAGGAGCUCAAAGAGGACCCAGACUGCAGAGAUGACCAGAGCCCAGAUGAGGACGACUCCAGACUGAUCAAGAUUAAAGAAGAACUGGUGGAACAGAAAGUCCAGCAGGAGCCGGUGGAAGCAUUCCCAGUCAUUGUAUCUGUAAGGAGUGAGAAAGAGGAGUGUGUGAAAGAAGAGAGCAGAGAGGAUGAAGAGGACGAAGAGGAGAGAGGGGACAGUGACCAAGCAGCAGCUUUAGAGGAACCCUCAGAGUCUGAGAGUGAAGAACAGUUUUCCUCUGACACGGACGACUCUGAAGACUGGACCGCUUCAGAUAAAACUAACUCUCCACGUAAACGCGCUAAAGCGAAGGCCAAGAAGGAACCAGGAAGUCAACUGAAACACUGCUCUCAAUGUGGAAAAGGGUUCCCCACAAACAAAAGGUUAAAAAGUCAUGAACUUACUCAUCUGGAAAACAAACCAUUCAAAUGUUUAGUCUGUGGAAGAGGUUUCAUCAGGAGCUGUAAACUAAAAGUCCACAUGAGGAUUCACACAGGAGAAAAGCCGUUCAAAUGCACUGUUUGUACUAAAGAAUUUAGAACCAAAGACCAUGUAAACCUGCACAUGAGGAUUCACACAGGAGUGAGACCUUUCAGCUGUUCCAUCUGUUCUAGGACCUAUACACAAAGGCAGAGUCUAAAGAUGCACAUACUGACACACAAAGGGGAGAAACCACACAAGUGCACAGUGUGUGGAAAGGCCUAUGCUGAGAAGAAGAGGGUCAAACUUCACAUGAGGGUCCACACAGGAGAGCGGCCAUUCAAAUGCACGCUCUGUGGGAGAGACUUCACAGAGAAAGGGCAUCUGACACAACACCUGAAAAUCCAUUCCGGAGAGAAACACUUCAAAUGCUCCAUCUGUGCCAAGGCUUUCCAAGUGAAGACUCAACUCAAAACGCACAUGAGGACGCACACAGGAGAGAGACCGUUCAGAUGUUCUGUUUGUGGCAUGGCUUUUAAACAAAGCGGUGGUUUAAAUGAACACAUGAGGAGCCACACAGGAGAGAGACCAUACAGCUGUUCCUUCUGCUCAAAAACAUAUGUACGAAGGAAGUCCUUAUUAAAACACAUGAGGAUCCACUCGGGAUUAAAGUGUCCGAUUUGUGAAAAGGGUUUUGCUGAAAAGAAAUCCCUGGAAUUCCACAUGAACAUCCGUCACACAGGAGAGCGGCCGUUUCACUGCAGCGUCUGUGACAAGGACUUUGUGGCCGAGUGGUGGUUUAACAAACACAUGCGGAUUCACACCGGAGAGAAACCUUUCAGCUGUCCCUUCUGUGCAAAGAAAUUUAGAACAAGAUGUAAAUUAAAGAGACACACCAAAAUCCACACGGGAGAGGUGCCUUUCCGCUGUUCCAUUUGCUCCAAGGAAUUUGCGACAGAGCCCGGUUUGAACAUUCACAAGAACAGGCACGCUGCAGAUAAACCCUUUGACUGUGGGAUCUGUUCUCAGAGCUUCUCCUCAAAGAGCGCUCUGAUCAUCCACCACAAAGUCCACAAAGGAGACAGGCUCUUCAGCUGUUCAGUCCGGCUACACAAAAUGGAGCUGAAGGAGGAGCCCGAGCUGUGGGAGCCGAAGGACGUGGACAACAGUGUGGUCCGUGAACUCAAAGAGGACCCAGACUGCAGAGGUGACCAGAGCCAAGCUGAGGGUCAGUGUCUGCUCCAGAUGAAAGAAGAACUAGAGGAAGAGAAAGUCCAACAGGAAUGGAUCCAAACAUUCCCAGUGAUUGUCUCUGUGAGGAGUGAGAAAGAAGAGACGUCAGUGAAAGAGGAGAGCAGAGAGGACGGCGACGCAGCAGUUGCAGCUUUCACGUGUACAGUUUGUGCCAAGGAUUUCAGACGAAAGUAUUAUCUACAACUACACAUGAAGGCUCACAGCACCAAAAGACCAUUCAGGUGCUCAGUUUGUACCAAGGACUUCACUCAAAAGUGUUAUCUACAUCUUCACCUGAGGAGUCACAGAGGACAGAGACUGAACAGGAGCCAGCGCUCACAGAGGGAACAGCAGUUUUCCUCUGACACGGACGACUCUGAAGACUGGACAUCUGAAAGUCCCACUGCACAAGCACAUUCUGAGCCCAGUGAACAGCUGCAGGAGCUGGCUCACAGAAACAAUGGGAGAGAAGCAGGAGGCCCAGCCAAAGCUCAUAAAUGCUCUGAAUGUGGGAAACAGUUUCAGCACAUGGGCAUGUUUAAAAGACACAUGAAGACUCACCAAGCAGAGAGACCAUUCAGCUGUUUUGUUUGUGCAAAGAAUUUCACACACAACUGUUAUCUACAACUGCACAUGAGGAUUCACAAAAUAAAGAGGUCAUUCAGCUGUUCAGUAUCUGCAAAGAAUUUAAAAAGAAAGUCAAAUACAACUGUACAACUUCACAUGAGGACUCACAAGAAAGUGCAACCAUUCAGGUGUACAGUUUGUGCAAAGACUUUUACUCAGAACUGUUACCUCCAACUGCACAUGAAGUGUCACAAAAGAGAGCGGCCAUUCAGGUGUUCAGUUUGUACAAAGGACUUCACUCAAAAGUGUUACCUGCAGCUUCACCUGAAAACUCACAGAGGACAGAGACUGAACAGGACUCCACAGAAGGACCAGGGGAAAGGUGGAAACAAUGCUAAAAGAAAGGUGAGGUCUGUCCUUCAUGAAGCCAAGAUGGAGGAGAGUCGUGAGGACAGUGAGCAAGAGGAGAGCAGUGAGGAAGACUCUGAUAAAUCCUCCGACUCUGGAGACUGGAGGCCCGCUGCUCAGAGCCACUCCCCACACAGACGCUCUAAAGUGGGCUCUGGGACUGAAGCACGACCCCUGAAGUGCUCUCACUGUGGAAAGGGCUUUCCCACCAUCAAAAGACUGAGGAGACACGAGCUGCACCACCUGGAGGACAAACCCUUCAAAUGUUCAUUUUGUACCAAGAGUUUUCUGUCCAUCACUCGCCAACUGGAACACGCCAGAACCCACACAGGAGAGAAGCCCUUCAAAUGCUCCGUCUGUGCGAAACACUUUUCAACAGAGAAACUACAAAAGCUGCACAUGAGAGUUCACACAGGAGAGAGACCUUUCAGCUGUUCCAUUUGUUCAAGGACUUAUACACAAGCUCAGAGUCUAAAGAUGCACCUGCUCACACACAAAGAAGAGAAACCUUUCAAAUGUACAGUUUGUGAAAAAGCUUUCACUGAAAAGAAAACUCUAAAACUGCACAUGAGGAUUCACACAGGGGAGAAACCUUACAGCUGUCCAAUUUGUGCUAAGACCUUUACCUUAAGUGGUCAUCUCUCAAGACACAAGGUGAGAAUCCAUUCAGAGGAGCGUCCAUUCAAAUGUACAGUUUGUGCCAAAGAUUUUAAAGAAAAAAAAGCUCUAAAAACUCACAUGAGGAUUCAUACAGGAGAAACACCUUACAAGUGUCCAGUUUGUGGUAAAGGUUUUAAACAAAAUUACAUUAAACAACAUAUGAUAACACACACAGGAGAGAGACCUUACAGCUGUUCUGUCUGUUCUAAGAGGUAUGCAGACAAGAACAAACUGAGGAAACACAUGAGGAUUCACUCAGGACUAAAGUGUUCAGUUUGUGAAAAGGGUUUUGCUGAAAAGAAAUCCCUGGAAUACCACAUGAACAUCCGUCACACAGGAGAGCGGCCGUUUCACUGCAGCGCCUGUGACAAGGACUUUGUGGCUGAGGGCUGGUUUAACACACACAUGCGGAUUCACACCGGAGAGAAACCUUUCAGCUGCUCAGUUUGUGCCACAACAUUUAGAACAAGAUGUAAAUUAAAGAGACACAUGAAAAUCCACACAGGAGAUGCACCAUUCAGCUGUUUGAUCUGUUUGAAGGAGUUUCAGUCGGAGCAUGGUCUGAAUGUUCACAAGAGCAAUCACGCUGCAGACAAACCCUUCCACUGUGGGAUCUGUGCUCAGAGCUUCUCCUCAAAGAGCGCUCUGAUCAUCCACCACAAAGUCCACAAAGGAGACCGGCUCUUCAGCUGUUCAGUCCACUUACACAAAAUGGAGUCCCAGAGCGUGAGUGAGGCGCAGACCACAGGGGCCGGACCAACGCUGUCCCCAGUGUCAUAAACGCUCAGGCCACUGUCAUCUCUUACUGUGAUAUGAUGAUGGUUAUGAUUAUGUAAGACAUUCCAGGAGUGCAAUAAAACUUGUCUGUUUUAGCCCCGCCCACACAGGUGUGUUCAGAAUGCAGCGUCGCGUUUACACGUCAGGUCUAUGGACGGCAGAGGCUUCCUCAAAUUUAAACUGAAGAGGCUGUCAUCAUUCUGACAGUAGCAGAGCUACUGAUAAAUUGUAGCUUUGUUCUGUUAGUCUUUUCUUUUUGCUCUGUGGAGCUGUUUCGCUCAAAUCUACUUUUUGUUUCAAAUGUUUGUUUUUGUUUCUCUGUUCUUGCUUCAGUAGUGCACAGUUAGCUUGUUGGCUAACAGCAGUUAUUUUUGUCUCUUGCUGCUAAAAUGAUGAAUGUUGUGACGUCGUCCGCACAGCCUCUGUAGAGGUCACAUGAUCAUGAGCUCUCCAGACGUAUCCAAGGUUUCGUUUAAACACAGGGGCCUCUUCCCAUUAGAUGCAUCAUUGUCCAUCACUGAAACUGUUUUCACAACACACUGCUCCUUUCAAUCUCACUGUCACUAAGUUGUUUUCCUGAACUGACCCUGGUCUGGUUUUGAACAUGGCUCCAGUCUGACUUGGUUUGUGUGAAUUGGGGAUGGGACAAGAUCUCGCGAGACCAAAUUGCACAAGUUCCAAACAGCAGUGUUAAAUGACAUAAAUAUUAAAUCAGAUCAAUCAGAAAUGAUGAGGCCAAAAUCGGUGACUGAAUCUUACAUUUUACAAAUGAUUGAUAUGACAAAUCUUGCCUUGCCUUGUUCUCAUGGACACAAUCUCAUGUCUCAUUUUGUAGAAAUUGUCUCGUCUCUGUGUGAAUGGAGCUCCACAGUCCUGCCCAACUGCACUUCCAAGUUCACUCCGUGUCUGGAAGACCAUUUUCCAUUCAAAAAGUUCAAAUUAAAGAGUUCAGAGACGUGUCAGAGUCUAACCAGUGAAAUGCUUGAAUAAUUAAAUAUGGGAAAAUGAAUGGGACACUUACUUCUGGACUCUGGGGGUGGAUCGGUCACUGCUGAGCUCCACAGAAACACAUCAGACGGGACAUUUUUUAAAGAAAUAGUCAAAAUAUUGAUUGGAAUUUUAAAAUAGUCGAAAUAUUGACAGCAAAAGCCAGUGUGAGACUUUGUCUUUCUGUUGUCAGUAUUUGGAUUAUUUCUUGUGAGCAGAAUCGUGCUGAAAUGUGCCUCGCCUGUAAAUGCCUUUGUUGAGAUUGAAAAAUAAACUACAUCAACAUCCA